UGGCAAAUAUUUUCAUUCAAUUUUUGGUGUAAUAAUGGAUUUCGAAGAUAUUUUACAAGAAGUGGGAGAUUUUGGGUUUUAUCAGAAAAGACUUGUCGUCUUGUUUGUGAUAGCAGCCGGGGCUUUAUUACCAUUUUUCUGUGUGACAACACUUUUUAUGGUUUCAUCGCCUAAACACUGGUGUAAAGUCUGGCAAUUGUCUAACUACUCGUUUGAACAACAAAUACAAUUCAUUAGUCCCGCAGAAAUUGUAAAUGGAGUGCCUAAAUAUGAUUCGUGUAAUAUGUAUGAUAUCGAUUAUAACUAUUUGGCAAAAGUGGGCAAUAUUUCCAUUUAUAAAUGGGAUCAAAACUUGACAGACUUCCCGGUCAAGCCCUGUCACGAUGGCUGGGCUUUCGAUAAUACCAAUUAUGAAGAAACUGCUGUCACAGCCCUGAACCUAUUCUGUGAUCGAAGUCAUUACGUGAAUCUGAUUCUAUCGGUUGGAAAUAUUGGCACAAUUAUAGGAACUCCACUCUUUGGUUGGCUCUCAGAUAAAAUCGGCAGAAAAAGGACAUUUCAAAUAACAAUAUUUGUAUUCAUAAUAUCAUCAUUGAGUCCGACAUUACUAAGAGAUUUGAACAGUUUCCUCAUAUUUCGUAUAAUCAAUGGCUUUAUAUUACCAUCAUUUUAUCAGUUGCCUUAUAUUAUUUUAAUAGAAUCUGUGGGUCCGAGAAACAGGACAUGUAUGAACUCAAUCGCAUGCCUAGCGUGGGUUGGGGGCAGUUGCCUACUGCCACUGGUUGCCUAUUUAACCAGACAUUGGGUUACAUUCCAUAUCGUCACUUCUUCAGCCAUUAUUGUAUUCUUCUUCUAUUGGAAAAUGCUCCCGGAGUCCCCGCGUUGGCUCAUUAUUAACGAGAAAUACACGGAAGCGGAGAAACUAUUGCUUGAGAUGGCGGAGGCCAACGGCAAACCAAAGCCCACAGAUUUGAUACAAAAGCUCAAAAGUGUAGGCAAACAGCUAACAGCCAACGACUCCGAGAAAGUCAAUAACGCUAUAAUGGUAUUCCUGAGGAAGCCGGGUCUUCGCAAGAACCUAAUUCUAGUGACAGUCAAUUGGAUGUGUUGUGCGGCCGUCUAUUUCGGAAUUCAACUCAAUUUAUACAACUUCUCUGGAAAUGAAUUCUUGAACUUCUUUUUACUGGCAGUCAUUGAACUGCCGGCGUAUCUGUUUGGGUGGUAUCUCAUAGAGACGCGAAUGGGUCGGCGCUGGUCUUACUCCCUGUUCCUCAUACUAUGCGGUCUAUCCAUAUGUGUGCCCGCAUUUGUUCCCGACUCCUAUGCCUUUGUCACGAACAUCAUGGCAAUGGUCGGCAAGUUUUGCACCACUAUUUCAUUUAUGGUGGUCUACCAACAGGCGGCUGAGAUAUAUCCCACGGCUAUUAGAAACCAGGGAAUGGGUGUGGGCUCUAUGGCCUCGUCAGUUGUCGGAAUGGUUAUGCCUUUCCUCACAUUUUCGGUGAAAAGGGUCUGGCUAUCUCUGUUUGUUAUGGGAGUUAUCUCUAUAAUAAUCGGUGGAAUUAGCACUUUAUUGCCCGAAACACUUAACGUGAAUUUACCGCAAACUAUAGAAGAGGGCAAUAUAUUCGGCAAAAAUCGCAAAUAUCUCUCAUGGGCUAAUACCAAAACAGUUACAAAAAUUGAUAAAAACGCAAACAGCAAGGACUCCAUGUUAUGAACAUUAAUGAUUUGGUUGAUAGCCAUAAAGAAAAUCCUAUUCAAAUAAUUAUAUUUUUAUAAAAUUCCCAAA